AUGCAUAACUUGACCGCAAGCAUCCGCUUCGAAACCGAAAGGGCAUGGGAGGACUUUGCCCAGAACGACGAUGAAACGACUGUGGAACAGAUCUUCCGUGAUAAGAACGUCACCAUCAGGAAGCCAAUCAAUGCUAGCCAUCAUACGCCUCCUAUUCUCGAGGUAACUCUCGAGGCGGCGGAUGAUGUGGAGGCUGAGGAUAUACAGCGGGCCAAGUAUCCGGACGGUGUCCUGGUGCACGUAGAGGAGGACUGA